AUGGAAACUUCAACUCAAGCGACUGUUCGAAACACUCAAGUUUCUCCAAACAACUCAAACAAUGAUGCUACCACGGAUUCAGGUUCAAAGAAAAGGAGGUUGAAUGAAGAGGAACAGGAAGACGGUCUUGGAGAAGAUGACAUGGAAAGUGACCUGGAUACUGAUGGAGAACUUUCAUUGAGCGAUGUAGAAGCACGGAAACAAACACGUGCAGCUUUUCUCGCGGAACAAUCGUCAAUUCGCAAGCGAAAUGUGGUCAUUGGGAAGACGUCCGGCGCUCAUCCUACUCCUAAAGCAGCCACUCCACUAGCUAGAGCACUAUACAAAUAUACUCGGAUGAUGAUGGGUGUUCCUCAAAAGUCUAGCUCAUCAUCAUCAUCAUCAGGGUCCUUUGAUGGUGGUCCAACUCUUCCUGAUCCACCAAAUGAAGAUGAAUUGCGCAACUGGACAACUUGUGAAAGUAACCGUCAAGUUUUGAUUGAAACCGCAAUGGAGAAAGCCAAAACGAAAUACCUCGCCAGAAAACCUCCCGGUUUUGUACCCAAUCGCACUCAAAUCAGAACGGUAGAAAAAGACGCAGCUGAAAUGGCACUUGCUUCAAAGCCUUUAAGACCUGUACAAUUCACUUCCCGCCUUGUCUUUGCUUCUCAAAAUUCUUAUGCAAUGUCUUGGGCCAUUAGUUGUGAGGGUGCGCUUGCUCGAGCAGGAUUUCCGCGCUGUACUUUUGAUUGGCAAGCAAGUUACGAUUUGCCGUGGAACUUAGCAAUGUCAGCAAUUAUUCAACAGGAGUGGGCUAAGUGUUUUAACGCAAAUGGGGCACGGAGUUUUGGGAUCUUGGCAAGAGAAAACAGUCUGGCCAAUCGUGAUGAAAUAAUCAGGCGAUGGUUUGUAAACAAAGCUUCAAAAUUCGAGAGUCAGAUAAAGAGAACGAAGCUUAUGGAGAGCGAAGAUGGUAGAAAGAAGGUUCAAGAAAAUGAGGCUAUAUCAAAGAGCAUGCUUUGCAGGAGAAACAGAAAAUUAAAGCUUGUAAAGGCACGUCAAAGUAUGGUAGCAAAGCUUUUUGGAGAAGGCUCCCAAGAAGCUUUGAUGCUAUCACAUUCCGAGGUUCAUUCUGAAGACGAAAUCAAAGGUCUUGGCUCGCAUGGCAGUCAAAACAAGGUCCGACUACAAUGGCGAAGUGCAGGACUCAACGCUUUUAUUGAAUUAAUAGACAAAAAUAUUGAGGCAAAGGAGAUCAUUCCAAAGAAAAGGCGCGCUGCUAAGCAGCUGGUUGAUCGAGAGACUUACUCAUCAACACCCGAUCAAGAAUCUUUUCCGCCAAAAGGGUAUGAACAAUCACUGGUCUCUGCGAAUUGGCUUCAGACGGUUCAAGGUGUUGCGAUUGUGAAUUUGGAACUCAAGUCCACCAAUGGCUUUGAUAUUCUCAAAUCGGUUCAAGAGGUAAGUAGGAUGCUGACACCUGGUGGCUUGGGUAUGGGGAAUGUUGGUCCUGCAACUCAAAACACCACAGCUGGGACACAAGCAUCUGGGUCUGGGUCUACUCAAAUGGAGAUAUAA